UCAGCUUCAGUUUAUCUGGACCAUUGCUUCAAGAUGAUCUCCUAUAAAGAACGAUAAAACAUGUUAAUAAAAAACGUUAUAAGCAUCAAAAUUUAUUAAUUUUCAAAGAAUAUUUUGUAUUAAAAAUGUUGGGAAGAAAACAAAGUCUAAAAGGAGAACCAGUUCUGGCUGAUUAUGGUCCGGAUGAAGCUUUUAAUGAAAGCGCCGAUAUAGAAUGGGUUAAUAAACGAUGGGUGAGAAGAAUGAUGAGAAUGUGCGCUUUAAUUAGUUUAGCUUCAGUAAGUUGUAACACACCAAAAACGUUUGAAAAAAUCCCCGAAUUAAAAUACAUCACAUUUUGUUGCGACGUUUUUGUAACGUUUUUAUUUACGGCUGAAAUGAUUGCGAAAAUGCAUAUAAGAGGAAUUUUAAAGGGUGAAAAACCGUAUUUAAAAGAUCAUUGGUGCCAAUUCGACUGCACUAUGGUGUUUUUCCUAUGGAUUUCGGUUAUUUUACAGGUUUUUGAAAUGUUGGAAAUCGUUCACAGUUUCAGUUAUUUAUCGAUUUUGAGAGCGCCGAGACCUUUAAUUAUGAUUCGAUUUUUGAGGGUAUUUUUAAAGUUUUCCAUGCCUAAAUCAAGGAUAAACCAAAUUUUUAAGCGAUCAAGUCAACAAAUUUACAACGUCACUUUGUUCUUCUUAUUCUUCAUGUCUUUGUAUGGGUUAUUGGGAGUCCAAUUUUUUGGCGAAUUAAAGAAUCAUUGUGUAUUAAACACAACGGAUCCCACGAAAGAUAUAACUUUAAAUAAUUUAGCAAUUCCCGAUACUUUCUGUUCAAUCGAGCCAAAUUCAGGUUAUCAAUGUCCACCGGGAAUGAAAUGUAUGAAAUUAGAAUUAUCGAGAUAUAAAAGAGGUUUCAAUGGAUUUGACGAAUUUGUUACGAGUUUUUUCACCGUUUAUCAAGCGGCAUCUCAAGAAGGUUGGGUUUUCAUCAUGUACAGAGCGAUAGAUUCAUUACCUGGUUGGAGAGCUGUCCUUUAUUUCAGCACGAUGAUUUUUUUUUUGGCCUGGUUGGUUAAAAACGUUUUCAUUGCGGUUAUUACAGAAACUUUUAACGAGAUUCGAGUUCAAUUUCAACAGAUGUGGGGUGUUAGAGAACCUAUCACCCAACCCAACCUAACCCAACUCAUCUCCGGAGACGAUAGAAAAUGGAAAUUAGUCACUUUGGAUGAGAACAAACACGGUGGAUUAGCCCCCGAAAUUUGUCACACAAUCUUAAGAUCCCCUCAUUUCCGUUUAAUUGUGAUGGGAAUUAUUUUGGCGAAUGGAAUCGUAACGGCUACAAUGAGAUUCGAACAUAAUGAGCAACCAAGAGAAACGUUUUAUGAAAAAUAUUAUUACAUAGAAUUGGGGUUUACCUUUUUAUUGGAUUUAGAAACAAUUUUUAAAAUUUGGUGUUUGGGAUUUCGAGGAUAUUGGAAACAUUCUAUACAUAAAUUCGAAUUAUUGUUAGCCGUUGGAACCUCAUUGCAUGUUAUUAAACAUUUUUAUAUGACUGGAUUUACUUAUUUUCAGGUUCUUCGAGUUGUUCGAUUAAUUAAAGCAUCACCACUUCUAGAAGACUUUGUUUACAAAAUUUUUGGACCAGGAAAGAAAUUGGGGAGCUUAAUUAUAUUCACAAUGUGUUUGUUAAUAAUUUCUUCGAGUAUUUCAAUGCAAUUAUUUUGCUUCCUUUGUGAAUUUACUAAAUUUGAGAGUUUUACCGAAGCAUUUAUGUCGAUGUUCCAAAUUUUAACACAAGAAGCUUGGGUUGAGGUUAUGGAUGAAACAAUGGUCAGAACAAACACGGCUUUAGCACCAUUAGUAGCCAUGUAUUUUAUUUUAUACCAUCUCUUCGUAACUUUGAUUGUGCUAAGUUUAUUCGUCGCAGUUAUUUUAGAUAAUUUAGAAUUAGACGAGGAUAUAAAAAAAUUGAAACAAUUAAAAUAUCGCGAGCAAAGUGCUGAAAUUAAGGAAACAUUACCGUUUCGUUUAAGGAUAUUUGAAAAAUUUCCCGAUAGCCCUUUAAUGGUUACUUUACAUAAAGUUCCAUCCGAUUUUAAUUUACCCAAAGUUCGAGAAAGUUUUAUGAGGCAAUUCGUUUGUGAAACGGAGGAUGAUGAGAACUCGGAAGGAAGCGUAAAAAAGAUUUCAGAAGAAAUUUUUGAUACUAAAGUAAUGUACAGGAAACAAAAACCGUUAAAAAUAUUAAAUAAUGUUCCAAAGGUACGAGUUGGACAUCCCAAGCUAAAGAAAACAGCAAUCGCCCAUAUCAUAAACGAUUCAAAUAAUCAACGUUUAAUGCUUGGUGAUUCAUCGAUAAUUCCCGUACCGGGUAGUAAAGCACCUUUAAAGCCCCAAGGAACGAUAAACAGCAUGAAACAGUUACGUAUUAACAACAAGAAGUUCGGUUCAAGAUCGAUUCGAAGAAGUGUUCGAAGUGGCUCGAUUAAAUUAAAACAAACCUACGAACAUUUAAUGGAAAACGGUGAUAUUGGAGUUAAUCGUGUUACCUCAGCGAGGGCUAGGCCCCACGAUUUAGACAUAAAAUUGCUUCAAGCGAAGCGUCAACAAGCUGAAAUGAGAAGAAAUCAACGCGAAGAAGAUUUAAGAGAAAACCACCCAUUUUUCGAUACCCCCCUUUUUGCAGUUCCCCGAGAAAGCAAAUUUAGAAAAAUCUGCCAAUUAAUUGUUUACGCAAGAUACGAUGCACGAUUAAAAGAUCCAUUAACCGGAAAAGAACGAAAAGUUCAAUAUAAAAGUUUGCAUAAUUUUUUAGGAUUAGUAACCUAUUUAGAUUGGGUAAUGAUAACGAUGACGACCUUAUCAUGUCUUAGCAUGAUGUUUGAAACUCCGUAUUAUCGAGUAAUGGAACACGUCUCAUUGCAAAUCGCCGAAUAUGGUUUCGUAAUUUUUAUGAGUAUCGAAUUAGCGUUAAAAAUACUCGCGGAUGGUUUAUUUUUUACCCCAAAAGCUUACAUAAAAGACGUCGCCGCAAUUUUAGACGUUUUUAUCUACCUCGUUAGCUUAGUGUUUUUGUGCUGGAUGCCGAAAAGUGUUCCACCAAACUCCGGAGCCCAACUAUUAAUGAUUUUAAGAUGCGUACGACCUUUAAGAAUCUUUACUUUAGUCCCACAUAUGAGAAAAGUCGUUUACGAGUUAUGCAGAGGGUUCAAAGAGAUUUUAUUAGUAUCAACUUUACUGAUAUUAUUAAUGUUCGUGUUUGCAAGUUACGGAGUGCAAUUGUACGGAGGACGAUUGGCGAGAUGUAAUGAUCCAACGAUAAAAGAACGAGAAAAUUGCGUCGGCGUCUUUAUGAGACGCGUUUAUGUAACUAAAAUGAAAUUACAACCCGGUGAUAAUGAAAGUUAUCCUUCGAUGUUAGUCCCGAGAGUUUGGGCGAACCCAAGAAGAUUUAAUUUCGAUAACAUCGGAGACGCAAUGUUGGCCUUAUUCGAAGUUUUAUCGUUCAAAGGAUGGUUGGAUGUUCGAGAUGUCUUAAUAAAAGCUUUAGGACCAGUACACGCAAUUUACAUUCACGUUUACAUCUUCUUGGGUUGUAUGAUUGGUUUAACACUCUUCGUUGGUGUUGUAAUUGCAAAUUAUUCAGAAAAUAAAGGAACGGCUUUAUUAACGGUGGAUCAACGAAGAUGGUGCGACUUGAAAAAGCGAUUAAAAAUCGCUCAACCUCUUCACUUACCCCCUCGGCCGGAUGGAAAAAAAUUCCGAGCUUUUAUCUAUGACAUAACACAAAACAUUAAGUUUAAAAGAUGUGUUGCAAUCAUGGUUUUAUUAAAUAGCAGCUUAUUAAGUGUUACGUGGAAUAAAGCUGAAUCACACACAGAAAUCUUAGCUACGGUGGGAAUUUUUUGUACCCUUGUCUUUGUAAUUGAAGUUGUAAUGAAAAAUAUUGCUUUCACCCCGAGGGGUUAUCUCCAAUCGAGAAGAAAUCGUUAUGAUUUAUUCGUAACAGUCUUAGGAGUUAUGUGGAUGUGCCUACAUAUUAUGUUUAAAAGUGAUUUAUCAUACUUUAUUGGUUUUAUGGUUGUAAUUCUCCGUUUCUUUACAAUAACCGGAAAACACGCAACAUUAAAAAUGUUAAUGUUAACCGUAGGAGUUUCUGUAUGUAAAAGCUUCUUCAUCAUAUUCGGAAUGUUCCUCUUAGUAUUUUUUUACGCCCUCGCUGGAACGAUUAUUUUUGGCACUGUUAAAUAUGGGGAAGGGAUUGGAAGACGUGCAAACUUCGAGUCACCAGUAACUGGAGUUGCAAUGUUAUUUCGAAUCGUCACCGGUGAAGAUUGGAACAAAAUCAUGCACGAUUGCAUGAUUCAGCCGCCUUAUUGCACCCCAGCUGACAAUUAUUGGCAAACCGAUUGUGGAAACUUCACAGGAUCGUUAAUUUAUUUCUGCACAUUUUAUGUGAUUAUUACUUAUAUCGUGUUAAAUUUAUUAGUAGCUAUUAUUAUGGAAAAUUUUUCCUUGUUUUAUUCGAACGAAGAGGAUGCUUUGUUAUCGUACGCUGAUAUAAGAAAUUUCCAAAACACUUGGAACGUUGUCGACAUUCAACAGAGAGGGGUGAUUCCAGUGAGGAGAGUUAAAUUUAUUUUGAGGUUACUAAAAGGAAGAUUAGAAGUUGAUCCACAAAAAGAUCGAUUACUAUUUAAGCAUAUGUGUUACGAAUUAGAAAGAUUACAUAACGGUGAAGAUGUGACUUUUCACGAUGUCAUAAAUAUGUUAUCGUAUAGGUCAGUUGAUAUAAGAAAAGCACUUCAAUUAGAAGAACUUUUAGCACGGGAAGAAUUUGAGUACAUAAUCGAAGAGGAAGUUGCUAAACAAACGAUAAGAACUUGGUUGGAGGGAUGUUUAAAAAAAAUUAGAUCAACAAAUAAGCAACAAAAUAGUUUAAUAGCCGGCUUAAGAGCUACCAAUGAAACCCUUACAACUCAAAAACAAGAAAAAGAUGAAAAAGAAGAAGAAAAAACCAAAAAUGGAACACCCAUUAACGAAACCGUUGAAGUUGAAGUUAAAGAUGAAACAUUACCGAGAAAACCAAAAGUCAUUUCACUUCCAAGAUCUGAUAGUAUAGGGAGCAGUUCGGGGCGAAAAUAUUUAGCUCCAACAUUAUCCGAUCCAGCUGCAAGAACUGAUAAGGAAAGAUUAUCUACGAAAAAGAAAAAUAAUAAACCAGCUCCUAUCAGCAAAAACCUUCCACAUCUUAACGAAACCAGCGAAGCUAAUAGGAUGCCCAGAGAAGUAUUUAACAAUAAAACUUGUCUUCCGAAAGUCUCCAAUGCCACAUUAGAAAUUAAAGAUUGGUGGAAUGAACAAUUAAAUUACGCUUCUCAAUCGAGCGAUGAGGAUUAAUAUAAUAUUAAAUGUGAUGUAAAUACAUACCGUAAAUAAUAAAUAACGCACUA